UUAUUUUUUUCAAACCUAUAUAUACUUUCUCCUCACAUGUGCUUCACACUAUAUACUUUUUCAUGACUUAUAAAAUUACCACACAAAUAUAAUAUAUAGUUUUUUAACUUAAUUUCUUAGCCAUGGCUAUAGAGAUGGAGAGAAAUAACAAGGUAUAUGUAGCAAUAAAUUCAGAUAUACAUGAUGGUUUUUUAACCUUACAAUGGGCACUCAAAAGAUGGAGUCCUCACUCAAUUACUAUUGUUAUUCUUUAUGCUUCUAAUAACAUAUGUAAAGAUUAUGUUAUAACACCAAUGGGAAAGCUACCAAGAGGAUCAGUAAAUGAAGAAAAAUUGAAGGAUCUUGAAAAGUUAGAAGAAGCAAAAAAUCAAAAUAUACUUUGGAGAUACAAAGUUUUUUGUGGAAAUGUGAAAGUUGAAGCAAUCAAGAUUGAAAGAUAUGAUGAAUCAAUUCAAAAAUUCAUGGUGGAUUUGAUCUAUGGUCUUAAGAUAACCAAAUUAGUCAUGUCAUUGACUUUUAUGAAACCUUCAUCAUGGAAAUCAAGAAGUGCAAUAAGUGGAUCAUUUUUUGUGCAUAGACAAAAGCCAGAAUUUUGUGAAUUAUUUAUUAUAUGUGGAGGGAAAUUGGUUUUUUUAAGAGAAGGAAAUAAUGAAGGAUUAAUUGAAGAUGAUGAAGGAAUUAUGGUUGCUAAAUCAAGAUCAAUGAGACAAAGUUUUAGAGAUUUGGUUGUAAAAAUGUUUCCUGAAAAUAGUUCAAAAUUGUUGAAAAAUCAAAGUGAUUUAUCAUCAUCAUCAACAAGUAAUAUUGAAUUUGAUCAAUGGGAAAAAUAUAAAAAAGAAAUUGAUAAUUAUAUGUGUCAAUUAUUAUCUUCAAAUUUUGAAGAAAUUGAUGAUUUUGUUGCUGAUGAGAUUCUCCACAAGAACAUCAUUACAGAGCUUGUUAUGGCAGAAAAUAUGACUAUGCAAGAAAAGAAAGAAGCCUUGAGAAUCAAAUUUUUGGAGGUAAAAGAAGCAAUACAACUAAGCAGAGAUGAAGCAAAAUCUCAUGUUGAAGCACAAGCUAAGGCUCAAUGGGCUAUCACUUUAUGUACUAGAAGGGCUGAGGAAAUUGAUGGUUGCAUAAAUGAUGAACUCGCGCGUAAACCUGAUCUAAAGAGAGAGUUAGAUGCUACAAAAGACGAGCUGAGUGAACUUCACACGGAAGUAGAGGUCACGAAGAGUAAACUCAGCUCGAGUUUUGAACUACAACACGAGUUAUCUACCAAGAUGCAGCUGUCUUCUGUGGCAAGAUCGCGUGCUGAGGUCCAAGUGGAAAAGUUAUUGAAGCAGAGAAUGGAUACAGUCCAGGAGAUUGAGGAGUUUAGAAGGCAAAGAGAUGUUCUACGAAGAAGGAUAACGUUUUGUAGAGAAAAAGACGCGAUAGGUAAUGCUUCAAUGCUGAUUGAACCGAGGCUCGAGUACAAGGAGUUCAGUGCUGCAGAAAUUAGAACAGCCACAGAUGGAUUUUCGAAUCUUAUGAGGUUGAAAUCUGGUGGUGAUUGGACUGAUGUGUAUAAAGCUAAGCUUCAUCACACAUCAGUUGCAAUCAAACUGUAUAGUUCUGCUGAUGUUGAUUCUGAAGACACCUUUCAAGCUAAGGUGAAGUUCUUAAGUAAUAUGAGGCAUCCUCAUAUGCUAUCGAUGAUCGGAUAUUGCUCUGAGCUAAGGUGCAUCGUGUUCGAGUAUAUGCACAAUGGUUGCUUAAGAGACAUUCUCUUCUCAGGCACCAGAGGCUCUAAAAGGAGGAAUAAGGGCCUAAACUGGCAAGCUAGGAUAUGUAUUGUAGCCAAUGUCUGUACUGGCUUGUGCUUCCUCCAUCAUGCCAAGCCAACGCCCGUGGCUCAUGGCAACCUGAACCCUUCAAAAAUCCUUCUUGAUCAUAACUAUAUGGCGAAAAUCCAUGGUGUUAGGACACCUCUGUCAUGUGACAGAUCGAAUAUGAGAUCAGAUAUCCGGGCUUAUGGGAACUUAGUCUUACAGAUUCUGACUGGAAGAAACUGGGCGGGGUUGGUUGAGGAGGCGAUUAUGAUGGACCAGAGUAAGCUUAUUGAAGUGCUUGAUCCGAUGGCCGGAGAGUGGCCAUUGGAUAUAGCACUAGAACUUGGUAGAAUUGGAAUAAAGUGUUUGUCUGUUCAUGAAGAUAAGGAGUUAAACAUGUCGAAUUUGGCAAGAGAGAUGGAGAAAGUGAAGAAGUUAGCUGAUGAAAUAGUAGCAAAUGGAAGAAAUCUAGAUGAUCAAGACUCAACAGAGUUUCCUAAUUUCUUCCUUUGUCCCAUUUUACAGGAAGUGAUGAAGAAUCCACAUGUUGCAGCAGAUGGAUUUUCAUAUGAGUUAGAAGCUAUAGAGGAAUGGCUAAAGAAUGGAAGAGAUACAUCACCAAUGACAAAUUUAAGGCUCAAGGACAAUAUUCUCACUCCGAAUCAUAGUUUACGUGCUCUGAUCCAAGACUCACAAAAGAAACAAUCAACUUCAACCAGAUAGAUAGAUCGAUAGACAGACAGAUAGAGAGAGUUCAAUAGGAUUUUGUACAUGCAGGAGAAGAAUAAUACAGGUACCAAAAGCAACAAGAUAACUCAUUCUCUUAGAUUUUAGAGUAAACAUGGUCUCAGAACCAUCAUUGACAAGUUCUUUACUGGUUGAAUGUAUCAAGAAUGUCAAUCAUGUAGUUCUAUAACUGAGUGUCAUUGGUGCA